AUGCAAGGCGCAGAGCCAGGGCCGGGGUCGGUAGCCCCGCCGCCGUGGCUGGAGGCGGCCCGGCAGAAGCUGGCGCUGCGGCGGAAGAAGGUGCUGAGCGCCGAGGAGAUGGAGCUUUACGAACUGGCGCAGGCAGCGGGCAGCGCCAUCAACCCCGAUGUGUUCAAGAUCCUGGUGGACCUGCUGAAGCUGAACGUGGCCCCCCUCGCCAUCUUCCAGAUGCUCAAGUCCAUGUGUGCCGGGCAGAGGCUGGCGAGUGAGCCCCAGGACCCUGCGGCCGUGUCUCUGCCCACGUCGAGCGUGCCUGAGACCCUAGGGAGACACAAAGGCAGCACUGCCCUCGGGGGAGCGCUGGCCCUGGCAGAACGCAGCAGCCGCGAAGGAUCCAGCCAGAGGAUGCCGCGCCAGCCCAGCGUUACCAGGCUGCCCAAGGGGGGCGGGCCUGUGAAGAGCCCUACACGUGGCAACACCUAGGAUGGGGCACAGACUUACCAUACCACUGUCCCCAGCAAAGGCUAUGUGUUAUCUCCUUCAGUUGAUAAUAAACCUUUCUGAGAUUUAAAAAAACAAAAAACAAAAAAA